CCCUGAGGCGGGGCCCAGGACGGAGCCUUCGGACGGGGGGCCCCGGGGGCCCUGCCGUUGCGCCAGGGGCUCUUUGAAGUCGCCCGAAUACGGCCCCGAAUCGCCAGAAAAUGCCGCAGCCAUUUUGGCUCAGUCAAGUCUGACUUAAGUUUCAAAUUGCUUAGUUCAAGAGAACAUUCUGCCCUUUCCGACCUGCUGAUCGCGCGUUGUUGGCUGGACCUCCAGAGGAUCAAUGACAUCCCAGGAGACGAAGCCCAAAUAUUAUCCUACGCCCCUGCGUCCGACGAGAUGAAGCGCAUUCCCCUGGGCGAUACGUUGAGGGCCGUGUCGUGAGCGGUGGCAUUAAGGAUGUGGUCUCAGUUGACAUCCUGGGGCCCUUCAAGUCGUCAUGCUGUGGCAUUGACGGUCCCAAAGUUUCUUUCGAGGCCACCGACUUUGACGUCUACAAGCCAGACGGCACGACGACCAAGCUCCUCGGUUUCGCCAGCCCCGGGCCGCCCGUUGGUGCUUUGCAUGGGAGGUGUGUGCACCCGACCCGCCACUCGCCACGGCGCGCGCGAGAUGAGCUUGCUCGCUGCUGAGUUCCGCGACAAGGCUGACUUUCUGCUCGUGGGUUGCACGGAGAACCACACUGGCGAUGGCACCCCCUUCGGCAUAAACAACGGGUUUUCUGGCGCAGAUGGCGAGAACAACGGUCGCUGGAGCAUCCCCCAGCCGAAAACGCUGCAGGAGCGCAUCGACUCGGUGGCGGGUCUUUUGACGAUGAUUUUUCAUAUACCUUGGGUCGUGGACGGGAUGGGCAAUGAGGUGGGGGAUACCUACAGGGCAUAUCCAUGUCGCAACUACGUGGUCAAGGACGGGGUCGUGGUUUUCGAAGGUGGGCAUGGUUCGCUGGCGCAGGUCACAGAUCACAUCAAGGCUUGCUAGCGUGCCGUGUCAUGCAGAUGCCAACCUUUUGGCUGUUGUAUCGACCCCUCGGCUCCGAACGUUUUUACAGCUCAUUCGGCAUGCUGUCCAAAUCCAGUCGAUCGCCCCCCAUGUUGUUGACCAGCCCGGUUGUAACCCAACUUGCCUAUAAUGGCAGCGGUCUAAAGAUAGUUCUGCAGAAGCUACCUUAGGAUGGCUGGAGUGUGCAUCGCUGUUUGCUGGCAUCCGAUGGCCAGUAACCUUGACGAUUCUAGGGUGGCGUCCCGAUGUGUGCCAUCUUGACGGGCACUGUACUUAUAAGUUAUGAAGCGGACCGUGUGGCAUUAUGUUUCAAACAUCCCUUGGCUUUUACCCAUGAAUGAAGCAGGCGUUCUCUGAUGGUGCAGUUGCCUGUCACGAGGGCGCCUUGCCGACGCAUGGGCUCCGACACAAAGGAUUGCGAGUGACCAUGUGCUUCAAUAGCAAAACAAGAAAAUGCGUUUCCA